CGGCAAGUUUUCGGGUCGUGUCGCCCGGCGGCGGCCCCGCCGCCGGCGUUCCAACGUUGCCGACCUCGCCGAGGCCCUCUUCCUCGCUCUGCGAGACCCCUCGCAGAGCGAGCUGGCGAGCCGCUGCCGUGCGGCCGCGGCGGCCCUGGAGGCGGCCGUGGGGGCCCUCGGGCAGAGGCUGGAGCGGGAGCGCGAGCUGGCCCGCGAGGCGGGCCGGCCCAGCGCCGAGCUCCAGGCGGCGGCCCGCGCGGAGGACGGCCUCACCAAGGAGCAGAGGCGGGAGAAGGCGAUAUUCGACGGCCAGCAGGACUUCGGCUGGGACACCGGUCUCGAAGCCCGCGUCGGCCGGCGCCGCGAGCACCUGCAGCGCGCCUUCGCGGAGGCCGUCGCCGAGGCCGAGGGGGCGCUGCAGGGCCGCCGGCGGGGGGUGCGCGACCACGAGCGCGCGGCGGCCUUCGGCAGGCUGCAGGAGCUCGACGAGCGCGUGCGGAGCGCGGAGGCGGAGGCGGAGGCGGUACUCCGCGAGGCGGAAGCGUCGGUCGCGCGGGAGGCGGCCGAGCUCGAGGCGGACCGCCGCAGGGUCCACGAGCAGGUGCAGGCCCUGUUCGCGGCGGCGGCCAUCGUGCGGCAGGAGAAGGCCAAGCUGGCCGAGGUCUACUAUGCUCCUGCCAAGAGGAGAAGCGGGACGUGAGCGCGCGGUGCCUGCGCAGGGUGCGCCAGCUGAGCCUGGACAUGCAGGGCCUCGCGCCCGCGGUCGCCCCGGAGCUGAGGGAGCGGCACUCGGUGCUGCUCUACUUCCUGCGCGUGCUCGAGGCGCGCCUCGCCGCCGAGUGCUCGCAGGUACAGGUCGGCGCCGCGGAGGGCGGUGCCCUCCACACCCCGGAGGUCAAGAAGCAGCUGGCGGAGGCGGACCUGGCCUUCGAGGCGCAGCUCGCGGGGGAGCUCCAGAGCCUCCGCGGCGCGCGCCAGCGGCAGGCGGCCCGCGGUGCCGAGCAGGUGGCCCGCC